CAGUGGUUGGUGCCGCCGCGGACUAAUUUUCGCAUACUCCACUUGAAGAAGAGUGUAUUCAGUUGAUUCGAGGGAAGCAUCGUUGGACCAAGUGUGCUCAGAUACUUUUGUAGUGUCGUGUCAUCUGGGCAUUAUUGGAAGUCCUCGAAAUCUAAUGGCUGUUUACGCACUUCACUUCAAAGGCUGACUCGAGCGUGUGCGAAUAUAUUUGAGUGACAUCGGUGCGAUCAAACGAACUGCACGCGGAUUUGAAAGCCUCACUAACACGAGGAUCAUGGUGAGACUGAUUGGCAACAAAAACUUUUCUCUGCGUAAAAUGUAUUGCGAGGAUGCUGUUUAGCUAAUGAAUGUAGCCGUUGCCUCCCAGUUUAAAUCGGAAGUGGAGUUAUUUCCUCCAGGAAAAAGGUUGAAAAGUAGCCUUUUCCACGUGGAGGACAGGAACUUGAACGUGGAUUGACUCGGGGGGGAAACAAUUGUGCACGUAAUAAGCGCUGUGCUUCGUUUCAUCUAUCAGAUUCAUUGGAACCACGGGUGAAAAAAUGCGUUUUGUGAGCUCAUUGGUAUGUUGUAAACUUGAAGAAUCCAGGGAAAAUACGACUCUGCUUCGUUUGUGGUUUUUCUUUGCUGUCCUUGUUUCAAAUUCAGCCUGUCCUGACAAAUGCGUCUGUUUCACAUCCACGGUAGAAUGUGUGAACCAGUGCUUAUUCAUGGUUCCGCAACCAUUGCCAGUAAACACUAAAACCCUGUUUAUUACUGGGAACAACAUUUCCCAUCUCACAACUGGGUCUUUCCCUGUGCCUCUUGAGCAGUUAACAGACUUGUAUCUCACGGGAAACCAGGUGGAGCUGGUGGGCCACAAUGUAUUCAACAACUUGCCAAAUCUCAGGCUGCUAGACUUGAGUAACAACAGGAUUCUGAAUUUUAGUGCUCAAGCCUUCCCUGAUUACAACAAACUGCUGGAUCUUAAACUCAGCAGGGCUUUUUACAACCAUUCUUCCAUGGAUGAGCUCUUCAGCCUGCUACGGAGUGGCAGAGCCCGUCAACUUACCCGCUUAGACCUGUCUAACAAUGACCUGGUUGUCCUCCCUGAGGGCAUGUUCUCCCACCUCUCCAACCUCACCAUCCUCAACCUACAAAACAACUCCCUCAUUUUCAUCCGGAACGGGACGCUGAGUGUUCCUCCGCUCCGUGAGCUAGACUUGAGGGACAAUGCCCUGAGGGAACUACCCAACACUACACUGCUGGACUUCAGCCUCAAGCCUGGGCUUCAGGUGCAUCUGGCAGGGAACCCUUGGCUCUGUGACUGCAACAUCGAGGACCUUGUGGCCUGGCUGAAGAGCUCCGAGCAGGUCGCAGACAAGCAGAAUAUGACCUGUUCUGACCCUGAGGCUCUGCGGCAGUUACCGUUGCUCCAGAUAGAGGACUUGGAGUUGGAGUGUACCUUUUCAGGUGAAAUGAAAAGUGUGCUGGAGACCUCGUAUGUCUUCCUGGGCAUGGUGCUGGCCUUGAUCGGAGUGAUAUUUCUGCUGGUCCUCUACCUCAACAGGAAGGGGAUAAAGCGGUGGAUAUACAAUAUUCGGGACGCGUGCAGGGACCACAUGGAGGGCUACCAUUACAGGUAUGAGAUCAGCUCGGACCCCAGGUUGGCCAACCUCAGUCUCAACUCAGACAUUUAAGAGGACCGCUAUGUGAGCCAUGGUCCUCACAGUGACUGAGGCAUUAUGACUUGUCAAGAGCAAGAUAUGCAUGAGCGACUCUGUAAUUCCGCGGGGCUCCAGCCUGCCUGCACCCCCCCCCCCCCCCCCCAUAGUACAGUCCAGACUUCUACACCAGUCAUGACUCUUAGUAGCCUCGGUCAUGACGACCCACAAUCUGCCACCACGCAUGCCCUUGGCCCCUGCAAUGCAGUGUCUGAUUGUUUGUUUUUACACCUUUUCAUGAACAUCAACUUUCCAUGGACUGAGAAUCAUGACUCAGAUGGGGUUUGUGAGAGGGCUCUCUGUAAUUUAACAUUUUCCCUUCCUUGAGCAAAAGAGUAUGUAGAACUCCAACUAAACAGACUUAUGUUUUGCUAUGUGUGUUGCUAUGCUUGUUUAGUUGUAUUUAUUCCUUUUUAAUAUAAUUAUUACAGCACUUGCUAAUUUCUCUCACUAGUAUUGCACUUGUUAGGUGGACAUUAUCAACAUUUUUCACGAUGUACAGCUGAAUAAAAUGUCUUGCAUUGCUGUUUUCCUUUCUCGACUGGGGUCCUUUAAACUCCAGAGACUGACGAAUGAGGAGGCAUUUGGGCACCAGAGAGAUUCACGGUCACGAAAUGGAGAAGUGCACAAUCACUCAAUGCAGGUUCAAACACAUGCAUGCAGACAGAGGUUACCAUGCCACAGCCAGCACCAACCAUACCACACAGGCAAGACUUUACAUGUCACCUUUUAUACAUGAACACGUUCUCUGUCUGCUCGUGCAGAUGAGACAUUACAGGCAGCAGCCAUUGUUGACUUAACAAAUUUAACUCUGAAGAGGUGAGAAAAGGCUAACUGGGACUUUUGAAGGUGGCAGAAUUACCUUGAAGAUGAAUUGAUUAGAAAUACUUUCCAAUUAAAGUUAAGUCCACUUCAGUUCUAUUUGGGAAGCUAGAUGUGACGGAAUGUUCCUGUCCAAUUUAAUCCCUACUAGGAUUCGGAUGGAAAUCCCUGGCGCGAUAGUCAAAUGAUUGCAUUCCUCAGAACCAUCCAAAAUAAUAUGUUGAGGUAUAGCCAAUGGUCAGUGGAUUUCUAUCCGAAUCUUCUUUGGUUCAACUACACCAGUUACAGGAAUGACACUCACUUAUUCAAAGCAUUCCAAUGUUGUGAGCCCAAAGGGGGAAAGUUGAGGGUUGUCUUUAUUGACAAAUGCUAAUGAAGGUACACAGUACCCAAGGUUAUUACCAGGAGGGCACUCUACAGGCAGUAUGGUAUGGAAAUGAGUUCAUACUCUGCUUUAAUCUGCAGUGUUUUAGGUGUGUGGCGUUUUAAAAGUAUCUUGUUUUUCAAGCAUUGUUUACUUUCCUGCUAACUAAAUGCUGUGCUCUUGUUUUCUUUCUGGUGUCAAGUAUGUAUGAGUAAAUAUCAAAUGUGGAACAUUAUUUUCCAGGAAAAGUGUUCAUAAUCAGGAUUGUAAAAGUAACUGCAGAGUGGGUGAACGUGUGAGUAAAACACCUGGCCAUUACCUCACCGUGCACAUUGAAGACCACCCGGGAGGUAGUGUGAGCGGACAAGCACAAACAGAAACACACUAAGUCUCUGUGCACAACUAACUACUACCUUUGCAUAGCCCCGAGCUACUGUACAUAUCCUCUUACCAUAACAAUGCCCAGACCUCCCUCAUUCGGUCAAUGGUGAUAUGUGCUUUUCGGGCAAUGUGUUUGAAUGUUAGUGGCUCUUGAGUAAACAUUUUUAUUUUUA